CAACAAAGCACAAACAACAAGCAAACAAGAAGAUGAAGCGAGCGAGGAGCGAGGUGGUGGAGGUCGUGGCGGCGGCUUUGGCCGUGUUGCUGCUGGUGGGGGUGACAGCAGGGUCAGCUGCUGCUGGUCUUGCUGGUGGAGGCACCAGAGACUCGACGCCUGCGCCUCCUUUGGUCGGCUGUCCGCCGGACCAUGGCAUUGGCACCUUUCCGCCACCACAAGCCAUGGGGCCACCUCUGUAUCGUCUCAUGGCGGCUAUUGUCUUUGACUCGCACGAAGCACAAACGCCGUGGGAAGCAGGGCGGCAUCAAGUGCCGUGGCACCUCAGGGACAUGCUGGCACAAGGGCAACGGCACGACGUGUUCCUGAUUGAUCUCAGCUACGACCCAAACAAACAAGUAUCACAGGAGUAUGGAUCACUGGAUGGUGUGCAAAUACGGUCGUUUGACCAAGGCCUCGGCCUACCAUUUGACAUAUGGAUCACCAUCGGGUUCCCGCUGAGCCAAGCGCAGGUUGACAAGGUGCAGCUCACAGGAGCGAAGAUUGCCGCGUUUGUGCACGAGAGCGUGAAACGGCAGCAAGAGGACGCGUUUCUGUUUCCAAAAGCGCCGCAGCGCGUGUUUGCACCCCCGCGCCACCUGGACGCCGUGCUUGUUGCCGACUUUCUCAGCGACAUGAGUUCGUACUUGGAAGUGCUGACGUUUGUCAGACCCCAACCGCUGCCGCUCCCGUACGGCACACGGUUUUUCCAAGUGCUUGCAGGCAUGCUCCCCGCACGCAAGCACUAUGCCCAGCGACCGAGCAAGAACGUGACCAUCUUUGAGCCAAACACACACGUUGACCGGUGCUUCGUGCUGCCCUUAUCGGCACUGGAACGGCUGUAUCGAUCGACAAACGAUUCGCUUGACCACGUUACCGUCACCAACGCAGACACAUUUUCUGCCCUGCCGGAGGUGACCAACUACCUGUCCAAGGCGAUAUCGCUUCACCCGCACCGUAUGCGCACAUCGGGCCGCUUCAAGCUGCCCUGGUUUCUGUCGCAGUUCACCGAUGUGGUGCUGUCGCAUCAGUGGGGCAACCCCAUGAACUACCUCUACUUUGACACCAUGCACGCCGGAUACCCGCUCGUCCACAACUCCCCGCACCUCAAGGACUGCGGACUCUAUUAUGAGGAGCACGAUGCAUACACGGCAGCACAGCAUGUGCACGCGGCUUUCAACCUCUCCACACACGACAUCAGGGCGCUGCAUGCCGGCUAUCGAAGGUGCAUCUGGCGCAACCACAUUCACAACCCUGACGUCGUUCGUGCAUGGGAGGCUAGGCUCCUGGCCAUCGUUGCGUCAGACCGGCCCGCCGAACGCACGCACGAGCUGGAGAAGGCUGCGUUCAAGCUGAUACCGCGGCGACCCAAGCCCACCAUUCCCACGCAGCAGCAGCAGCAGCAACAACAACAACAACAACAACAACAACAACAACAACAACAACAACAACAACAACAACAACAACAACAACAACAACAACAACAACAACAACAACAACAACAACACGCACACGCGGGUGAACAGUCACGACAGGAAGACCAACACCAACAACAGCAACAACAACAGCACCAGCACCAGCACCAGCACAAGCGCGUUGAAGUGCGCAAGACGAACAUGGAUGACGUUGGAAAGACGAUUGCGGACACGGGGGUGCUGAUUGGAUUGGGCAAUCUGAAACUCAAUCGCAGCAUGGUGCGACCCAAGCGCUCUUACAAGAUUGGGCUGACGACCUCUGUGACCCCUCAGGCGCAUUCCAUAUGGGCAGCCGGCAUCAUGCAGACGGUGUUUUACAUUUACGACCUGCUGACGCAGGAAGGGCGCCACGAGGCCGUGCUUGUGAACCUGAUGCAAGGUUCACGGGAGGAUGCCCCUGAAGACUGGAAGUUUGAGGACCGCCAUCUGCUCGUGGAUUUCGAAACGUCCAUGAAACUUCCGCUCGACGUGUACAUUGAGGUUGGCAUGCAGUUCAACCAGGAGCAACUCAACCGGAUCCAGGCAAAGGGCGCAAAGGUUGUGACGUAUCGUGGCGGCAACGACAAAGUGAUGACGGAGGAGCGGUAUCUGUUCAGUCACGGUGGACCAUCGCCGCUGUUCCGAACACACGGACACGACGCCGUCUGGACGCUGCCGUCUUUUGUCCAGCACUCGGCGGCGUUUCUGGACGUUGUGUACGGUGCACCGGUUCGCGCUGCGCCGUUUGUGUGGAACCCACGCUUCUACAACCACCUCGUCUCACAGCGACCGUCCGAUCGUCGGUACUACACGCCGCGACGACGGGAGAGGAAGACAGUUGGCGUUUACGAGUCAAACUUCCACAUCAUCAAGAACGCCGUGCUCCCGCUCACCAUCACAGAGCACCUCUACAGGCGGAAUGCGACGGCGUUUGACAAAGUGAUUGUUGCCUGUACCUCCAAACUCAUUGAACGCAAGGAAUUUAUCAACUUUGUUGUCAAUGCGUUGUCCCACCACCGCGACGGAAAGACUGUGUUUACGGGCCGCGUUGUGCUGCCAUCGCACGCGGCCGACCACACGGACGUGGUGGUUUCGCACCAGUGGGCCAAUGAGCUCAACUACAUGUACCUCGACCUCCUCCACGCAGGGUAUCCGCUCGUGCACAACUCGCCCUUCUUCAAGGACUGCGGGUACUACUAUGAGGAGCACGAUGCAUUUACGGGCGCAGAUUUGCUGCAAUUUGCCCUCAGCCAACACGACGACAACAUCCCCGAAUACGCACAGCGGGCUGUGCGCUGCCUGUGGCGCUUCCACACGGCCAAUGAGAAGAAUGCGCUUGGGUGGGACGCGUUGCUUGAUGAGGUUGUGGAGACACCAAGGUCCCCGACACGACAACGUGAGAUUGAGGAGUGGCUGCAGCAGCAGGAGCAGUUCCGAGGGCCAUCUGUCUCGCCCGUCGCCACGCUGGUCGCAGAGAAGAGGGAGAGACAGGAGCAAGAGCUGCAGGCACGCAACGAAACGCGCGCACCGCGACGCCUGCGCAUUGCAAUCACUAUCUCCAUUCCACGCCAGGCCACAAGCAUCUUCACAAACGGUGCCAAGCAGUCUGCCUUCUUCCUGUGGGAAAUGUUCACGUACCUGGAUAGGCACGAUGUGAGUAUGCUUCGUGGCGCGUACUCAUGGUGCAUGCACUUUGGUGUUCUUCUGCAGCAGUGGUACUUUGAGGUUGUGAUUGUGAACCUCGAUGCGGGCAACAUGUCUGCGAUUGCGAGCGACUGGGGUUUGCCGCGCGAUUUGAAUGUUGUUCAGUUCGACACUGCGCUGGAGAUGGACUGUGACAUCUGGAUGGAGGUUGGCAUGCAGAUGAGCGAGAAGCAAAUGGCACUCGCGCAGCUCAGGGGCGGCAAGGUGAUUACGUACCGCACGGGCAACGAUUACGUCAUGGCGACGGAAAGCAUGCUGUUUGACGUUGAUCGCGAUUCCAUGCUCAACACCCGCGGGCAUGAUGAAGUCUGGACCUUCCCGGCGUUCUUCAGGACUGCGUCGUUCCUGAAGGCCAUCUUCGAUGUGCCUGUGUACGAGCUGCCGUUUGUGUGGAGCCCUUUCUUCUUCGAGCACGCGGCGCAGGUGCUGGAUAAGCGAAAGUAUUACGUGCCACGUGGGCGCAAAGACAAGACUGUCGGUGUCUUUGAGAGCAACCUCCACGCCGUCAAGAACAGCGUCAUUCCACUUGUUGUGCUUGAGCGUCUGUACAAGAACUCGCCGGAGCUGUUGCGGGAGGCAAAGAUCACAAACGCGUAUAAGCUUCGGCAGCAACCCGAGUUUGCGCGGUUUGUGGAGAGCAGCCUGACCCUGCACCGUGACGAUAAAGCGUCGUUUGUUGGCCGCUUCAAGCUGCCGUUCUACCUCUCGGAACACGUGGACGUGGUGCUGUCGCAUCAGUGGGGCAACCCCAUGAACUACCUCUACUUUGACACCAUGCAUGCCGGAUACCCGCUCGUCCACAACUCCCCGCACCUCAAGGGGUGCGGGUACUUUUAUCCACACGACGACGCUGUUGAGGGUGAACGACAGCUUCGCCGAGCUAUUCUUGAGUUUGACGGGGAUAUGAAGGCCAUGCAGGCAACGUACGCGGACUGCAUUUGGCGCCACUCCACGCGCAACAUCGCCAACAUGCGGCAGUGGGAGGAUCGCAUGUACGCGUUGAUCAACAGCCGACGACCGCCAGAACGCGAGAGAGAACUCAACGAGUGGCGCAUGAAGAUGGUUGCAGAAGCGCGGCAGCAGCAGCAACAGCAGCAACAGCAGCAACACCAGGAAAACGCACACGCAAGCGGCCAAACAGCUCAGGCCACGGCGUCUACAGCCCCCUCUAGUCCACAGCGGGGCGAUGGCGCGGACGGCGCUGCUGCCUCGAACAACAUGCCGCCCUCACAUUCGCCACCACCACCACCACCACCACCACCACCUUCUCGUCCCCACACUGGCGAUGUGGAUGUGGCUGUGCCUUCCAUGGCUGCUGAUCGCGCUGGAGAGGAAGAGGAGCCCAUGUUGGCCAUGCCACGCGAGGCGCCGCACAUACGCACCCGCCCUCACGGUGGUGAUGCUGGUGAUGCUGAUGCUGAUGCUUGGCGUAAUGGUGAUGGUGGCGGUGCGUUUGUGAUGCGGCCUGUGUCGUCAGUGCUGUCUGCGCCGACCAACUUUGGAGGCGGCAGCAGCGGUGGUAAUGGGCGCGUGGCUGCACCCGAUGCAAUCGUGUCGACAUCUGGUGGUGAUGGACACGCGACGCGUGUUGGCAGUGGCAGCGGCGGCAACGGAAGACUGGCGGGCGAAGCGAGGGCGCGUGCGACAGCAGAGGUGAUGGGCGAGGCCUUGGAUGAUGCUGGCGCCCACGGUGACAACGCGAGUGCGGGUGAUGGUGGUGGUGGUGGUGGUGGGCAGAAGGAGUAUGCACAACAACAACAACAACAACAACAACAACAACAACAACAACAACAACAACAACAACAACAACAACAACAACAACAACAACAACAACAACAACAACACACGGUGCAUGAGAGCCACAGGGACAUGUGGACAACGCCCACAAAUGAGCAUCCAUCCUCGUCACCACCAAACCACCAUGGCCACCAACGACAACAGCAGCAACCUCAGCAGCCGCAGCAAGGUUCCGAGGACGUUUCGCGGGAGGUGUGUGUGCCUGGUUCACCCACGUGCAGCCCGUUGAAACCUGUGCCAGCGCACCCGCACCAGGACGUUCAGGAAUAUAGACAAGACAUGCAGCGAAGGGCAGCCAUGCUUGCAGACUAG